UCCGGCUCAGUCCAACAUGGCGGCUGUUGACAGAUGAAACACUGAGGAGGAUUUUGUAUCGAAACGUUUCACAUUUGCAGGUUUUGUGUUUCCGGGUUCGACGUGGACCGAUUCCAGGUAUUUCUGGGUUUGGUUCCAGUCCGCGGCUCGUUCGUCAGUCAGCUGAUUAUCAGGACCAGCAAACCUCCACAAGACCCAGAGGAACGGUUCUGACCCUGGUGAUGGUGGAUCUAGUCUGAUCUGACUCCAGUGGACCAGCAGAGCCAUGGAGAAGUUUGGGAUGAGUUUUGGGGGCGGACCCGGCAGGAAGGAGCUGCUGGACACCAUCGAGUCCCAGAAGAAGCAGCUGGUCCAGUACCAGACCCGCUUCAAGGAUGUGGUCCAGGCCUACAAGAGUCUCCUGAAGGAGAAGGAGGCUCUAGAGGCCAGUCUGAAGGUCCUGACGGUGACCCAGGACGUGGACCAGAACCAGCAGGGCCAGGACGCCCCAGACCUCCCGGAGGACGGCUGCUCGCUGCACAGCGAGGACAGCGUGGACACAGCGGCGUCGGUGGACACGCCGAGUGAGACCGCCAAGGGGGACCAGAGUGAGGAGGACCAGACAGAACCGGGAGGAAGGUCCAGCUCAACGCCUGACGCCAGCAGCUCUGAGAGCAGCUGCGUGGGGGCGGAGCAGCAGCAGGCCACGCCCCCUCCCAGUGUGGAGGCGGACCGCCGAGUUGCCCAGCUGAAGAGCCAACUGAGCACGCUCACCAACGCUCUGGCCACGGUGACGCAGGAGAAGUCCCGGAUGGAGGCGAACUUCCUGGCCGACAAGCGUCAGCUGAAGCAGGAAGUGGAGGACCUGCAGGAGCGGCUGGUCGUCGUGACAUCACAGCAGGAGGCGGAGCUGAGCGCUCUGCAGCAGCAGGUGGCCGAGAGUCGCGCUCGCAUCAUCACGCAGCAGCACGAGAGGGAGCAGGAGCAGGGAGACCACGUCCAGCAGCUGCGAGAGCUGCAGCGCAUCCUGCAGCAGGAGAGAGACCUGCGACAGGACGCAGAGCUGCGCCUGCAGGACGCAAGCACCGCCCUCCUCGUGACAUCACAGGCCGUGGACCGGGGGGCGGAGUCCGAGGCACACCUGAGCCAGGUGAGGGAGGAGCGAGACGAGCUGAGGAGGAGGCUGCAGGCCGCCGAGGACGACCAGAAGAAACCAGAUCCCAGAGUGGAUGAGCUGCAGCAGGAGAUGAAGGAGCUGAAGGAGCAUUUCCAGCAGCAGAUCCACAACGAGACCAGGAAGGUGUGCGAGGCGGAGGAGCGUGCUCGUGAGCGUGCUCAGGCUGCGGAGCUGCGUGUCGCCGGUCUGGAGCAGCGAGUGUCGGAGCUGUCGGAGCUGCUGGGAUCCUGCGAGAAGGCGAAGCAGCGAGACCAGCAGACGGCCCAGAGGCUCAGAGAUCGCAUCCUGCAGCUCGACACCGAGAACAAAACGCUGGCCAUCGCCGCCUCCAGCAGGUCGUCCAUCGACCUCAGUCUGGACGAGUCGCAGCUGGACGUCGGCGUGUUGAAGGAGAAGCUGCAGAAGGUGAAGAAGCUGCUGCUGAUGGCGUCUCAGAGGAACCCCGACCUCAACAUCCAGGACCUGGCGGAGACGGAGACGGAGGACAGAACCUCGGCGCUGGUUUACCAGCAGGAGCUUCGCCAGGUGAAGGAAGAGUUUGAGCGCUACAAGCUACGAGCGCAGGUGGUGCUGAAGAACAAGAACGCUAAAGAUGGCUGCCAGGCCAAGGAGCUGGAGGAGGUCCGGGACCAGCUGUCGGAGCUCAGGGAGAAGUACAUCAACCUGCGCAUCCAGAGCGACGAGGCCGAGGCGCGCCACCGGCAGCAGCUGGAGGAGCGGCAGCAGCAGGCAGCAGCGCAGCAACACGCCCACAAGCAAGACGUGGAGCGGGCGGAGACGCUGCACCGCGAUGAGCUGCUGCGCCUGGAGGCGGAGCUACACAAACAGAGAGAGAGGACCAUGGCGCUGCUGGACGAGAAGGACCAGGAGCUGGAGAGGCUUCGGGCCGCCGUGCUCACCUGCAGCUACAACACUGACAACAUGGCCGACGACGUGCAGGCAGCUGAUCCGGAGAGCGAGGGCGACGUCAUCAGCCAGGCCCUGCGGCAGGCCACGCCCACCGAGUCCACGCUGCUGCUGUACGCCGAGCAGCUCGCCCGGAAGGAGGUGGAGGUCGGCGGCCUGCGACGGCAGAAGAACCGGCUGGAGGAGGACGUCCACCAGCUGCAGGCCAAGCUCAUCGCCAACGGGGAGCGCCACGACGAGGAGGCGUCGGAGCUGCGAGGACGGCUCGACAAACUGAUCCGGGACCAGAGCCGAGAGGGCGCCAACAUGGAGUACCUGAAGAACGUCAUCUACAGGUUCCUGACGCUGCAGGACGCCAGCGGCAGGACGCAGACGCUCAACGCCAUCCUGACCAUCCUGCACUUCAGCCCCCAGGAGAAGCACGACGUCAUGAGGCUGCAGGGGCCAACGUGGUGGGUCCCCAACCGGAGGUAGAACACUUGAAGAAAGACCACCUGGUGGAGCCCCAACAGGAGGUAGAACACCUGGAGAAGGACUUGAAGAGACCAAAUGAAAGCUACUAACAGGAGGUUGAGGUUGGACAUGAGGGAGACGCUGGUCUCCUGGUGAUGUUCUGACCUUGGGGCUGUUUGCUGCAUGUAUAUUUAUAUGAACCUACGACUGAGCGUCACUGUGAGGAACCCGUAGAACAGGUGGUAAAUGCAGGUCUUUAUGUAACACUAUAUUUUUGAUUCCCUUGUUGAAAUUAAACUAUUUUUUGUGCGUCACA